UGCCAGUCUGACCACACAGUCCUCAGGGCAGCAGCACUGUGGAAGAGCUGCAGGCUGGGGCCGGAGCAGCCCAGAGACAGGAGACCAGAGGAGGCAGAGGAGAUCAGAGGGAAGAGAAACAGAGGCCCCGGGAGCAAAGGCACCAGGACCCGGACGCAAUGGAGUCAGGCAGGCACAGCUUGGCCAAGAUGCUGGUGUGCCGGCUCUGGACGACCAUCAGCAAGGCUCUGUUUGCCGAGUUCCUGGCCACGGGGCUGUACGUGUUCUUUGGCGUGGGCUCGGCUCUGAGAUGGCCCUUGGCGCUUCCCUCUAUGCUGCAGAUUGCCAUCACCUUCAACCUGGCCACGGCCGUGAUCGUGCAGAUCACCUGGAAGGCUAGUGGGGCCCACGUCAACCCUGCUGUGACGCUGGCCUUCCUCGUGGGCUCCCAAAUCUCCCUGCCCCGUGCUGUGGCCUACGUGGCUGCCCAGCUGGCAGGGGCCACAGCGGGGGCUGCUCUGCUUUACGGGGUCACGCCUGGGGACAUCCGAGAGACCUUUGGGGUCAACGUGGUCCGGAGCAGCGUCUCCACGGGCCAGGCGGUGGCAGUGGAGCUAGUCCUGACCCUGCAGCUUGUGCUCUGCGUUUUUGCUUCCACCGACAGCAGACAGACUACUGGCUCCCCAGCUGCCACGAUUGGAGCCUCUGUGGCAGUGGGCCACCUCAUUGGGAUCUACUUCACUGGCUGCUCCAUGAACCCAGCCCGCUCCUUUGGUUCUGCUGUCAUCGUCGGGAAGUUCGCCGUCCACUGGAUCUUCUGGGUGGGACCCCUGACGGGGGCUGUCCUGGCUUCGCUGAUCUACAACUUUAUCCUGUUCCCUGACACCAAGACCCUGGCCCAGCGACUGGCCAUCCUCACAGGCACUGCGGAGGUGGAGGAGGUGGAAGGGGUGGAGCCCCAGAAGAAAGAAUCCCAGUCCAGUUCAGAGGACACUGAAAUGGAGAAUGUGUGUCAGGUGGCAUAGAACCUGGCCCCUGCCCUCAAGCUUCUGAAAAGAGCCCUGAAAGUGGGCAGCAUGCUUUGUGUAACCAGACUUCAGGUUUUCCUGGGGGGCGGGGGGCUUGCGAGGUGCGGUAGGGAGGCUUGGCCUCUUGUCCUAACAGGGUGGGCGGGGGAUCCCUGGCAUUACAUUUCUAGAUGGAAUCUGGGAAGCAAAUCUGCUCAGUUUCCUCCUCCUACCUCUCUUUUAAUGGUACAGAGCAGAGCGAGGCAGGGGGAAUUCAUGAUUGCUCUCCCCGUCUCUCAUCUGUCUGGACCCCAGUGGGGGUCCUGGGCUUCCAGGUCCCCAUAUCUUGGAGAAAAGGGAAUUUGAGCCCAGACAGACACUCUGCUUAGAGACUGAGGGCUUUGGGGACCUCUGGGAAUCACAACUUCUCACCCCACCCUUGGGGAGGAGGGGCCAGACUUCCCAGAAGAAUCAGGCCCUAGGACAGCCUCUGCACUCCUCAGAGGGAUGUCUCUGCUCUUGGAUGAGGACGGGGGCUGUGGCUCCCCCGUCAGAUGGGGGGCUUCCUGAGGCCAGAGAUUGCCCUCCCAAUAGAUCUUCAUUCCUUUCUCCUCCAAAUGCUCAGCAGAGAGCCCCUCCCUUGGGAAGAGCUGACACAGAGAGGAACCUUUUCUCCGGCCAGCAGAGGGGCAUGAUAUAGGCAAGGGAGGUUCAGGCCAGACAGGCCUUUCUCCCCAGGUGUUCUCCUGCUUUCCACUCCACAGCCCCAUUCACAAGAGCGAUCCUGAGAGGGGAAAUGUCCUAUCCCAGCACUUGGUCCCUGACCUGGGCCUGAAGAAGCCGUCUCCAGCCUCAUUCUCAGCUCUGCCGGGAUCCCCCAAAAGCUGUUGAAUACGUCCCAAGGAUGGUAGGAACUCAGGAAUGACCCAGGAAACCAAGAUUUGCAAUUCAGUGCCUCUGAAGUAUUAUCUGAGUCUCACCUUGUUUGUUAAUAUUUACAAGCUGCGGUAAAUCUACUCUGCCUGUGAUUUGCGGUCCUGUCUGGAUCUCAGCUUCCUCAGCUGUAAAAAUCUCCCCCAGAGACUGAUGUUAAAACAAACAAGAGGUUGGAAAAUGUUUUUGGAGGUUAAAAAGCUAGAAAAACAAACCCAAUAAAUGAUGAUUAUUGUUGCUGUUACUGUAA